UGUGCUCUGAUUGACCCAGGCUUUUUGACGUCACGGACUCGACCUUUGACAGAGCCAAUAGGCGAAAAGGAGAGACGGGAAGUAUUUUCCGCCCCGCCCGGAAGGGGUGGAGCACAACGUCGAAAGCAGCCAAUGGGAGUCCCGGAGGCGGAGCGCCUGUGGGAGCUGUGGAGGGAACUUUCCCAGUCCCGGGGCGGAUCGGGUGUUGCAUCCAUGGAGCGAGCUGAGAGCUCGAGUACAGAACCUGCUAAGGCCAUCAAACCUAUUGAUCGGAAGUCAGUCCAUCAGAUUUGCUCUGGGCAGGUGGUACUGAGUCUAAGCACUGCGGUGAAGGAGUUAGUAGAAAACAGUCUGGAUGCUGGUGCCACUAAUAUUGAUCUAAAGCUUAAGGACUAUGGAGUGGAUCUCAUUGAAGUUUCAGACAAUGGAUGUGGGGUAGAAGAAGAAAACUUCGAAGGCUUAACUCUGAAACAUCACACAUCUAAGAUUCAAGAGUUUGCUGACCUAACUCAGGUUGAAACUUUUGGCUUUCGGGGGGAAGCUCUGAGCUCACUUUGUGCACUGAGCGACGUCACCAUUUCCACCUGCCACGCAUCGGUGAAGGUUGGGACUCGACUGGUGUUUGAUCACAAUGGGAAAAUCAUCCAGAAAGCCCCCUACGCCCGCCCCAGAGGGACCACAGUCAGCGUCCAGCAGUUAUUUUCUACGCUACCUGUGCGCCAUAAGGAAUUUCAAAGGAAUAUUAAGAAGGAAUAUGCCAAAAUGGUCCAGGUCUUACAGGCCUACUGUAUCAUUUCAGCAGGCAUCCGUGUAAGUUGCACUAAUCAGCUUGGACAAGGAAAACGACAGCCUGUGGUGUGCACAGGUGGAAGCCCCAGCAUAAAGGAAAAUAUCGGCUCUGUGUUUGGGCAGAAGCAGUUGCAAAGCCUCAUUCCUUUUGUUCAGCUGCCCCCUAGUGACUCCGUGUGUGAAGAGUAUGGCCUGAGCUGUUCGGAUGCUCUGCAUAAUCUUUUUUACAUCUCAGGUUUCAUUUCACAAUGCGCGCAUGGAGUUGGAAGGAGUUCAACAGACAGACAGUUUUUCUUUAUCAACCGGCGGCCUUGUGACCCAGCAAAGGUCUCCAGACUUGUGAACGAGGUCUACCACAUGUAUAAUCGACAUCAGUAUCCAUUUGUUGUUCUUAACAUUUCUGUUGAUUCAGAAUGUGUUGAUAUCAAUGUUACUCCAGAUAAAAGGCAAAUUUUGCUACAAGAGGAAAAGCUUUUGUUGGCAGUUUUAAAGACCUCUUUGAUAGGAAUGUUUGAUAGUGAUGUCAACAAGCUGAAUGUCAGUCAGCAGCCACUGCUGGAUAUUGAAGGUAACUUAGUAAAAAUGCAUGCAGUGGAUUUGGAGAAGCCCCUGGUAGAAAAGCAGGAUCAUUCCCCUUCAUUAAGGACUCGAGAAGAAAAAAGGGACGUGUCCAUUUCCAGACUGCGAGAGGCCUUUUCUCUUCGUCACACAACGGAGAACAAGCCUCACAGCCCAAAGACUCCAGAAGCAAGAAGGAGCCCUCCAGGACAGAAAAGGGGUAUGCCAUCUUCUAGCACUUCAGAUGCCGUCUCUGACAGAGGCUUCCUGAGACCUCAGAAAGAGACAGCGAGUUCUGGUCAGGGACCCAGUGACCCUACGGACGGAGCGGAGGUGGAGAAGGACUCGGGGCACGGCAGCACUUCCGUGGAUUCUGAGGGGUUCAGCAUCCCAGACACGGGCAGUCACUGCAGCAGCGAGUGUGCGGCCAGCUCCCCAGAGGACAGGGGCUCACAGGAACACGCGGACUCUCAUGGGAAAGUGCCUGAAACUGACGACUCUUUUUCAGAUGUGGACUGCCAUCCAAACCAGGAAGACACAGGGUGUAAAUUUCGAGUUUCGCCUCAGCCAACUAAUCUCGCAUCCCCAAACACAAAGCGUUUUAAAAAAGAAGAAAUUCUUUCCAAUUCUGACAUUCGUCAAAAGUUAGUAAAUACUCAGAACGUGUCAGCCUCUCAGGUUGAUGUAGCUGUUAAAAUUAAUAAGAAGGUUGUAGCCCUGGACUUUUCUAUGAGUUCUCUAGCUAAACGAAUAAAGCAGUUACAUCGUGAAACACAGCAAAGUGAAGGUGAACAGAAUUAUAGGAAGUUUAGGGCAAAGAUUUGCCCUGGAGAAAAUCAAGCAGCUGAAGAUGAACUAAGAAAAGAGAUAAGUAAAACGAUGUUUGCAGAAAUGGAAAUCAUUGGUCAGUUUAACCUGGGAUUUAUAAUAACCAAACUGAACGAGGAUCUCUUCAUAGUGGACCAGCAUGCCACAGAUGAGAAAUAUAACUUUGAGAUGCUGCAACAGCACACCGUGCUCCAGGGACAGAGGCUUAUUGCACCUCAGACUCUCAACUUAACUGCUGUUAAUGAAGCUGUUCUGAUAGAAAAUCUGGAAAUAUUUAGAAAGAAUGGCUUUGAUUUUGUUAUUGAUGAAAAUGCUCCAGUGACCGAAAGGGCUAAAUUGAUUUCCUUGCCAACUAGUAAAAACUGGACCUUCGGACCCCAGGACAUUGAUGAACUGAUCUUUAUGCUAAGCGACAGCCCUGGGGUCAUGUGCCGGCCGUCCCGAGUCAAGCAGAUGUUUGCCUCCAGAGCCUGUCGGAAGUCGGUGAGUAAAGAAAGCCCGGCUGUCAGCUCAGCUGCUCCAGCUUACAGUCUGAGGAAGGUCUCAGCCCAGCUCCUGAGUUGGUCAAGGCUGUUAAACGCCUUUGUGAUUGCUAGGGGUCAUUUUACACAGAGCUACGUGGAACAUCGUGGCUGAGCAUCUAUGUAGCUGCAUUCUCUGGGACCGUGGACUCAUAAUUAUUGCUC